AUGGCCGAUUAUCUCCUCUUCGAGAGUCCUAUGGGCUACUCGCUCUUUAAGAACACCAUGAAGGGUGACAUUGUGGGCAAUAGCCUGAAGGAAGUUCAGACUGGCGUCAAUGAUCUCGCCAAGUUCGGAAAGAUGGUUGAGCUGGCUAGUUUCUUGCCUUUCGAGAACAACAAGCAGGCCCUCGGCGAAAUCAACGAUGUUUCGGAAGGUGUUGCGUCGGAAACCCUGGUUUCUUUCCUCGAAUUGAACCUCCCUAAGGCAAACAAAAAGGGCAAGGUGACCCUCGGUGUCUGCGACAAGGGCCUUGCGGGAAGCAUCAAGGCUGCCUUCCCCCACGUGGCCUGUGAGACCGGUGACACAAGCGAGGUUGUCCAGGAUUUCCUUCGCGGUAUUCGUCUGCAUUUCACCAAGUUGCUGAGCCAGCUCCGUGAUGGUGACAUGGACACUGCCCAGCUCGGCCUGGGUCACGCCUACUCUCGCGCGAAGGUCAAGUUCUCCGUUCAGCGCGAUGACAACCACAUUAUUCAGGCCAUUGCCAUCCUUGACCAACUCGACAAGGCAAUCAACACUUUCUCUAUGCGUGCUCGCGAGUGGUACUCGUGGCACUUCCCCGAGCUGUUCAAGAUUGUCUCCGAUAACCAGCGCUACGCUCAGAUUGCCCUCUUCGUUAAGGACAAGAAGACGCUUAACGAUGACCAUUUGCAUGAGAUUGCCGCUCUCGUGGAGGAUGACAAGGACGUUGCCCAGAGCAUCAUCGACGCCGCCAAGCACAGUAUGGGUCAGGAGAUCUCGGAAGCCGACAUGGAGAAUGUCAUCGCUUUCGCCGGCCGCGUUGUUCAGCUUACCCAGUACCGCAAGGAUCUCUACCAGUACCUGGUGUCCAAGAUGAGCAUUGUCGCUCCUAACCUGGCUGCCCUGAUCGGCGAGGUCGUUGGUGCUCGUCUCAUCUCCCACGCUGGCAGCUUGACCAACCUGUCCAAGUACCCUGCCUCCACUGUUCAGAUUCUCGGCGCCGAGAAGGCUCUUUUCCGUGCUCUGAAGACCAAGGGUAACACCCCCAAGUACGGCUUGCUGUACCACUCUUCUUUCAUUGGCCGUGCCGGCCCCAAGAACAAGGGUCGAAUUUCUCGCUUCCUUGCAAACAAGUGCUCUAUUGCCUCUCGUAUCGAUAACUUCUCGGAGGAGCCGUCCACCCUGUUCGGCGAGGCCCUGAAGAAGCAGGUCGAGGAACGUCUGGAUUUCUACUCCACCGGUGCUGCCCCCACCAAGAACGAGGUUGCCAUGAAAUCUGCUAUGGAUGCCGUUCUGGCUGGUCUGGAUGUCGAUGUCGAUGACAGCGACGAGGAGAUGGAGGAUGCUGACGCCAAGGUCGAGAAGAAGGACAAGAAGGAGAAGAAGGACAAGAAAGAGAAAAAGGAGAAGAAGGAGAAGAAGGAGAAGAAGGAGAAGAGCGAGAAGAGCGAGAAGAGCGAGAAGAGCGACAAGAAGAAGAAGCGGAAGUCGGAUGUCGGCGAGGAUGACUCCGAGAAGAAGAAGAAGCGCAAGCACGGUGACGAUGUUGAGCCUUCGAAGAAGAAGCAGAAGUCUUAA